AUGCAAGAACAAACAGAUACUGUAACAACAACUACAACUACACCUCAAUACACACUUCGUCAGGCAACUGAUGAUGAGUUCAAACAGAACACCUUUGAUAGCUAUCCUCAAUGGGGCAAGCCACUAACUCCCGAACAAUACUGGGGCCGAGAGGUCGUUUCCAAGGCUGUAGUGACCAAUCACAGGCCAUGGGUCUUGUUAUACGAUGGCAAGACCGUCUCAUCAUGUGAGACAUAUGGUGAGAACUCUGCAUAUUGUUAUAUUGAUGACGAUCAGUUUACUAUGCAUCGUGGAAGAUCAGAGUCUGUUGCCAGUGUGUUCGUCUCUGAGAAGUAUAGGGGCAAGGGAUACGCAUCGAUAAUGAUGAAUAUGUUGCGCGAGCAAUGUCAGAGAGAGGGUGCCAUAUUCGUUGACCUCUACAGUGACAUCAACCCACAGUUCUACGCCAAGUGUGGAUGGACCGAGUACUCAAGGCAAUCAGUGAUCAUCGAUCUGUCACAAUACCCUGCCACUGCCACUGCCACUGCCACUGACCGCACAGACAUCACAAUGAUUGACUCGUCCAACUAUGUACCAAUUGUACACAUGGAGAUUGAGAAGACGACACUGGUGUUCAAGGAGAGGUGGCAACACUUCCGCCAACAACUCAAUCAACAACAGCACCCGGACAAUAAUGCCGCCGAUGGCAUACCCACACACUUGUUUGGCAAGUUGCUCACGCCAGAGCGCGUUGCCUGGCACAUGUCGCAAGUACAACUCUAUUCCCAGUCUCUUCAAAUCCAACCAGUGCCAACAUGCUUUGGUGUCAAGAUCAACGCGACCGACUCGUCAAUGUUCUGGUUCCAGGACUUUAGAGACAGAGAGUUGUACAUCUUCCACUUGACAGCGGCCAACAAGGAGGACUUUAAGACAAUGAUCGAUCUGGCAGUGGCCGAAGCACGCAAGUAUGGAUUCAAUGAGGUCAAGUUCUGGUACAACGACUCCGACAAGAUCAAGCCAGAGUAUCUCGAGCACAUUGGACAAAAGAUUGUAAUACGCGAUGGUUCAGUACCAAUGGCCGUCGACUGGAUCCCACCUAAUGCACCAUCAAUCUCUGGAAAAGGAAUGUUCAUCAAUAUAGAGAAGUUCGUAUGGGUCUAA